AUGGUCAGGGCGAAUCGGAUCUGAGGUGUCUCGAUGAUGGAAUGCUAAGGGCCUCAAGUUUCACUUUUCGAAUCUCUGCUGGAGGAUGAAGCCUAAAUCAGCGUAGGUAAACUGAAAGUGCCUUGAAGCUGAGGUCUAGGUCUCUACGUUAUCCCCUCUAGUACAAAAUAAUCAGUUCGAUAUGUCAACCUAUAACGAAAAUAUUGCGAUGGAGGACGUUGACCAUCAGUUCCAUUCCUCACUGGAGAUCAAGAGAGAACAAGCGAUAUGGGUUCGCCAUGCCUACAAGCAAUACGGAACUAAGAAGAAUCCCUUCGUGGUCCUGGACGACCUUAACAUGACCGUUCCAAAGGGAAGCAUUUACGGACUUUUGGGCGCAAGCGGGUGCGGAAAGACGACGCUGCUGGGUUGUAUAAUUGGAAGGAAGAAGCUAAACUCGGGUGAAAUAUGGGUUUUGGGUGGAAGACCGGGUUCGCCUGGGAGCGGCGUCCCAGGCGCGCGCGUGGGAUACAUGCCGCAGGAGUUGGCACUUUACGGCGAGUUUACCAUCCGCGAAACCUUGCACUACUUUGGAGGAUUAGUCGGAAUGCGCAACAGGGAAAUCGAAGAAAGAUUAAGCUUCCUGUUAAGCCUGCUGAUGCUACCACCUGCGGACAAGCCGGUGGGCGAUCUUAGCGGCGGCCAACAGCGGCGGGUAUCGCUCGCCUCCGCUUUGAUCCACGAGCCCGAGCUGCUAAUUCUGGACGAGCCCACCGUUGGCGUCGAUCCAGUUCUCAGGCAGAUUAUUUGGGAUCACCUGGUAAACAUUACCCAAACCGGAAGCACGACCGUCAUCAUCACUACUCACUACAUUGAUGAAACAAGGCAAGCUCAUUUAGUAAGUCUAUUCUUUCUAUCCUACUUAUUCCACGAAAUUAUCUAA